AUGACGUCCCUCCGGAGCGGUCAACAUACCCAGACCGAUCAGGAGCUCGCGGUCAACAUUCGAAAGGCAACAAAUGGCGAGGAGAUCUCUCCCAAACGAAAGCAUGUGCGCGCAUGUAUUGUCUACACAUGGGACCACAAAUCCUCGCAGGCCUUCUGGGCCGGCGUCAAGGUCCAGCCCAUUGCUGCCGACGAAGUCCAGACAUUCAAAGCGCUGAUCACAAUACAUCGGGUUCUGCAAGAAGGUCAUGUUGUCGCUCUUCGAGAGGCAAUGGCGCACCGCAACUGGAUCGACAGCCUGAAGCGCGGUGUGAACGGGGAGGGCGUUCGCGGCUACGGUCCCUUGAUCCACGAAUAUGUGUACUACAUCCUCGCCAAGCUCUCAUUCCACCACGCGCACCAGGAGUUCAACGGUACAUUCGAGUACGAGGAGUACAUCAGCUUGAAGGCCAUCAACGAUCCCAACGAAGGCUACGAGACGAUCACCGACCUCAUGGCGCUACAAGACAAGAUUGAGCAGUUCCAGAAGUUGAUCUUUUCACACUUCAGGCAUGUUGGUAACAACGAGUGUCGAAUCUCAGCGCUGGUGCCUCUGGUACAAGAGAGCUACGGUAUCUACCGAUUUAUCACCAGCAUGCUACGUGCUAUGCACUCAAUCACUGGCGAUGAUGACGCUCUGCAGCCUCUACGAGAGCGAUAUGAUGCCCAGCAUCACCGCCUGGUCAAGUUCUACUACGAAUGCUCCAACCUACGAUACCUGACCAGUCUGAUCCCGAUCCCCAAACUGCCGCAAGAUCCCCCGAGUCUGCUAGGCGACGACGAGUCUGCACCCGCUCUGCCGGCCCGCCCCAAGCAGGAGAUUGAGCGCAAACCAACACCACCCGUGGAACCCAAGACAGAGGAGCCCGGUGAGGUUUCUGAGUUCUGGAAGGGCGAAUUGGACAGGCAAAACCGGGAAUACGAAGAGCAGCAGCGCGUGAUGGAAGAAAGGCAGCAAGCGCAGCUUCUCGCUCAGCAGCAGGCUCAGCUCCAGGCCCAGCGCGACUUCGAGGAGCAGCAGCGACAUUUGGCCGAGCAGCAGCACCGGGAGCAGGAGGCCCUCAUGGCGCAGCAGGCUCAGUGGCAGACGCAGGGUCGCUUGGCUGAGCUUGAGCGCGAGAACCUGAACGCUCGCGCUCAGUAUGAGCGAGACCAGCUGAUGCUUCAGCAGUACGAUCAGCGUGUCAAAGCCCUCGAAGGCGAACUUUCCCAAAUCUCGGGCAGCUUUGGCCAGCAAAUGUCGAGCAGAGACGAGCAGAUCCAGGCUCUGCAGGAGCAGGUGAACACCUGGCGUACCAAGUACGAGUCACUGGCCAAGCUGUACUCUCAGCUUCGUCAGGAGCAUCUGGAUUUGCUUCAGAAGUUCAAGGCCGUGCAGCUCAAGGCAGCCAGCGCGCAGGAGGCCAUUGACAAGCGCGAGAAGCUGGAGCGCGAGAUCAAGACGAAGAACCUCGAGUUGGCCGAUAUGAUCCGUGAACGCGACCGUGCAUUGCACGACAAGGACCGGUCUACCGGCAGCAGCAAGGACGAGCUCGAGAAGCUGCAGCGCGAGCUUCGUAUGGCUCAUGACCGCGCUGACAACCUCGAGCGCAGCAAGGGCAACGAGCUGUCUACGAUGCUAGCCAAGUACAACCGCGAGAUGGCGGAUCUAGAGGAGGCCCUGCGCCUCAAGUCGAAGGCUCUGCAAGAAGCUCAAAGCCAAGCCCGCGAUGGUAGCUCAGACCUUGAGCAGCUGCUUCGCGACAAGGAGGAGGAGCUCGAGGUGUACAAGGCUGGCAUGGACCAGACGCUGAUCGAGCUGAACGAGCUGAAGAACGGCCAGGGUGAAACGGACCAGGCUUUGGACGGCCAGAUUGAUGCCCUCAUCAUGGCCAAUCUGGACAAGAUCAACGACAUUAUUGAUUCCGUGCUGCAGUCUGGAAUCUCGAGGGUGGACGAUGCGCUGUAUGAGAUGGACUCGACCAUGCAGGCCGGCAACUCAAAUGCUUCGCCGUCAUAUGUGCUGUCGCAGAUCGAGAAGGCCUCUGCCAGUGCCAUGGAGUUUGCCACUGCCUUCAACAACUUCAUCGCGGAUGGCCCCAACAGCACACACGCCGAACUGAUCAAGGCGGUCAACGUCUUCUCCGGGUCCGUGGCCGAUGUGUGUAGCAACACGAAGGGUCUGAGCCGCCUCGCCACAGACGACAAGAAGACCGACACGUUGAUGGGCGGCGCGCGACAGUCUGCACUGUCGACAAUCCACUUCUUCCGAGGCCUACAGAGCUUCCGCUUGGAGGGCAUGGACCCCCUUCAAAAGACGGAUGUUGUCAUCAACAGCAACAACGACGUGCAGAUGAACCUGCAGAAGCUGAACAAGAUGGUGGAGGCGUUUGCCCCUGGAUUCGGCAACCUGACCAAGAACAAGGGCGAUCUUGGCGACCUCGUCGACUCCGAACUCAACAAGGCCGCGGACGCCAUUGCAGCAGCAGCGCAGCGACUGGCGAAACUCAAGAACAAACCUCGCGAUGGGUACUCAACAUAUGAGCUCAAGGUGCACGACUCGAUUUUGGAUGCCGCCACGGCCAUCACCAACGCCAUCGCGCAGCUCAUCAAGGCCGCGAGCAAGACACAGGACGAGAUUGUGCAAGCUGGUCGAGGUUCAUCCUCUCGCACGGCCUUCUACAAGAAGAACAACCGCUGGACCGAAGGGCUUAUCUCUGCGGCCAAGGCAGUGGCAUCUUCAACCAACACGCUCAUUGAGACUGCAGACGGAGUCUUGAGCAACCGUAACAGCCCCGAACAGCUCAUUGUAGCGUCGAACGACGUCGCGGCCUCCACGGCGCAGCUUGUGGCAGCGUCCAGGGUCAAGGCUGGAUUCAUGUCCAAGAGCCAGGAAGGCCUCGAGCAGGCCAGCAAGGCCGUCGGGGCGGCUUGCCGAGCACUGGUGCGCCAGGUGCAGAGCAUGAUCAAGGAGCGCAACCAGGAUGACGACCAGGUGGAUUACACAAAGCUCGGAUCGCACGAGUUCAAGGUGCGGGAAAUGGAACAGCAGGUGGAGAUUCUCCAACUCGAAAACGCGCUGGCUUCUGCUCGACACCGCCUUGGCGAGAUGCGCAAGAUUUCGUACCAAGAAGAUUGA